UCGCGAUAUGAGAAAGCCCACGAGUGCAAAAUAACAAGACAGAAACUUUCGAGGGGUUUAAGGCGAAUGCCCAAACUGAACCUCUUCAACUCAUAAGCCAACAUCAACAGGCAGUCAAUCUCUCUCUGUGUUUUGUGAUGGUUUCUCUAGGUACCUGGUUCCGAUACCUUGCCCACAAGCUCGAAUACUCUGCCACUAUCAGCUGGAAGAACUAUAAAGGAGGUCGAAUCACAGACAGAGAGCUUGGUGAUGCUGUUUGGAAAAAUUUGUUCCAGGGAAAGUUGACAUACAUGCAUUGGAACAAAGGAGCAGAGAUGGGCCCAAGUAUAGGGGAUCAAGGGGGAACUCUCCUUGUUAGGAAAUUACCAGCUGCAGACCCCAGGCGUGUUUUUGUUGGGGAUGUAGUGGUCUUGAAGGACCCUGAUAACGCAGAUAACUUUUUGGUGAGAAGAUUGGCUGCUGUAGAAGGGUAUGAAAUGUUGUCCACGGAUGAGAAAGAUGAUCCUUUUAUCCUUGAAAAAGAUGAAUGCUGGGUUUUGGCAGAUAAUGAAACUUUGAAACCCAAGGAAGCCAAUGAUAGUCGAAAGUUUGGUCCGGUUUCCAUGACAGACAUAGUUGGUAGAGUCAUAUAUUGUCUACGAACUGCUGUUGAUCAUGGCCCCGUACAGAAUAGUCAUGUAAGCAUGACAAAGGAUUCACCCGUGCUGGAAGUUGAGUUGGAUGUCGAUGAGAUGGCAAAAAACCAUAAAGCCUAAAAUGUGUCAUAAACCACUGACUCAUUUGGUUUGUACCUAUUUCGCCCCAAUUUCCUAUUGAAUUAUUUUUCUUCUUUCUUUUCUUCCCCUGUUUCAAGCACGGGAAAAAAAAUAAAGAUGGAAUUUGAAGCUGUUCUUCAGUCAUGGGAUGGUUCAUGGUUGUAAGUUUGUGAGUUUAUGGGUUGUUCAGGUGCUCAUAGUUUCGGUCUUGUUGAAGAAUAUGACGCAGCCUGUACGGGAUUUUGAGUUUAGAAAUGACAAUUUCAUUCUCUUGCAGCAUUGUAAUCUAAUAACUACUGAAGAAAAGAAGGAUAAAUCCACAUGUUGUCAGAAAGAAGUGGGAUCUAUUGUUGGGGGUGUUCUUAGAAAUGCUAUCAAUUAUCCACCAUAAUAAACAUGCAGCAAACCCAGGUUAUUGUUU